AUGUCUUUCCAAGGUACUUUUGACUUGCUUCCAGAAGACGCCCAAUUGUUGUUGGCCGCUAACGUCCACUUGGGUUCCAAGAACGUUCAAGUGCACCAAGAACCAUACAACUACAAGACUAGACCAGAUGGUGUCAACGUCAUCAACAUCGGUAAGACCUGGGAAAAGAUUGUUUUGGCUGCUAAGAUUAUUGCUGCCAUUCCAAACCCAGAAGAUGUUGUUGCAAUCUCUUCCAGAACUUACGGUCAAAGAGCCGUUUUGAAGUUCUCUGCUCACACUGGUGCUACUGCCAUUGCUGGUAGAUUCACCCCAGGUUCUUUCACCAACUAUGUUACCAGAUCUUUCAAGGAACCAAGAUUGAUCAUUGUUACCGACCCAAGAUCCGAUGCUCAAGCUAUCAAGGAGUCUUCUUAUGUUAACAUCCCAGUUAUUGCUUUGACAGACUUGGAGUCUCCAUCAGAGUACGUUGAUGUCGCUAUUCCAUGUAACAACAGAGGUAAGCACUCUAUCGGUUUGAUCUGGUACUUGUUGGCUAGAGAAGUCUUGAGAUUAAGAGGUGCUUUGGUUGACAGAAAUCAACAAUGGUCCGUCAUGCCAGAUUUGUACUUUUACAGAGACCCAGAAGAGAUCGAGCAACAAGCUGCUGAGGAGGCUGCUACUGUUGACGGUGAGGAAGAGGUCAAGGAAGACGUUACCACUGAGGAAAAAACUGAAGCUGCUGACUGGGCUGAGGGUCAAUCCGAAGAAGUCGCCUCCUGGUAA